AUGGAGAAUCCAAAGAAAGAGAUAGAGGAGGUCUUCUCCAAGCUCACUAUGGCUCCGUCAGCCACGAUACAGUCCAGCGCCCUCGCGCGCUACUACACUUCAGAUGCAGGGUUCAGGCAUCCAUUAUGUCGCAUACCGUGCGCACCAGGCUCGCGAGACCAGCUUCUAGGUGUAUACCAGUGGUAUCGCAUCAUGUCACCUACAAUCCAGGGUGAUGUCCAAGAAGUUGUAUAUGACGAUGAGAAGGCUGUCUUGUAUCUUGAGGUGGUCCAGAAGUUCCACAUCUGGUACAACCCUCUACCUGUCCAUCCCGCACGGUUGAUCGUCCGCCUUUCUUUGCGGAAAGAGAACGACCUGUGGUACGUGAGUGAGCAGGAAGACUUCUACCAUCCGGAUGAACUGGCCGCUCUCGUCAUUCCUCCACUCAUAACGCCUAUUCGCAUGGCUCUCCGUAUAGGCGCCAUCAGCUCAAAUAUCCUGGCGAAGACAUCUCAGAUCGUCUUUGGCUGGUGGACAUGA